AUGUCUAAGCCGAAAGCCUUCCUGAAACAUUCCAAAGCGAAGAAGAGGAGCGAGCAGGGUGAACUGCAGAUCCUAGAGACUGCCGAUGAUUAUCUGGCAGCGGGAGUCGACCACGAGGAAGCAGCUGGAAAAUGGAGGGCUGGCGAUGCGGUCAAGUCGAUGCGGUUCUUCUCCAAGGCCAUCGAUGUCUAUGACCAAGGAUUGAGGAAGUUUCCCAACAGUCUCGAUCUUGCAUAUAAUAAAGCGAGAGUCUUACUGGAGAUUGCCACUCAUCCCGUUCUUGUCAGACAACUGAAUGCGCCCCUUCUGGAGGUGUUGCAGCAGGCGCUAGAGGCCCACCGAUAUGCCCUGAGUCUUGACCAGGACAAUCCAGAUACGCUUUUCAACACGGCUCAAGUUCUGACAGCCAUUGCUGAAGCAUAUGCAAAAGAUGCAGACCGCCCCGAUCAGGACGCAUUGCAGCCACUAGAAGAAGCCUUGGAGCUUCAGGAUCGGUGUCUAGCUCUGCAAGAGCUCAGGCUGGAGCAAUCACUCCAAGAACAACGAGAAGCGGCAGCCCAAUUGGAGACUGAGACCGCAGAGUCAGGUGCUAGUGAAUCCACCGCUCACCCGGCUCAGGAUAGUGAUGCCUCUCCAGCAACCGGCACUGAGGACCAGUGGUUUGCGAUCGUGGAGCCAGUAACAAAAGACACUCUCAUCGACACCAUUCUCGCAGAACUUGGGACCCUCACGACUCUGUGCAGCAUCUUGAGCUCGUCGCCAGCGGCAGCUCCUACUUCCACCCUUGGAUGGAUUGAGGAAUUCUCCUCCAAAUUGGUCCAAACCAAGCUCCCAAUCCUCCUCCAGGAUGCAGAGACCGAAAAGCUGCAAGAAAUUGCACUGGUCAAGGCCAACUUCUCCAGUGGUCUACUCGAAGCAGGUUACAGAUUGGGAGCAAUCGAUUCCAGCACGUACAAGCGUGAAAGAGAUGAAGCCUUUCGGGUGCCAGACUUGGACCUGGAAAGAAAUUACGCUGGCCUACUGGCUAAUGCCAAUAGUCUGAUCGCAUUCAACAGCGCACUCGCCGACGGUGGUGCUUCCAUUGCCGCCUCUGAAGCAUCUCAGAGGUGGAACGCGUUGUCUGCAGCAAUCGCCAAUAUGGCCAAGGCAUCCAAGAUCUCUGGACCUGUCCCGGACGACAUUGCAGAAACUCAUUUCAUCCGUGGAAACUGCUCGCUUCUGCAACAUAGAUUGAGCCAUCCACCUGCAUUCUACCAGCCAGCCAUCGCCAAUGCCGCUCAGCUACUCAAGAAUGCAGAUGUUUUCUACCGGAAUGCUUCCAAAUUGUAUCAAGAUGAUGAGCAGAAGGUGAUCUCUCACGUCCGAGCUGCCGUCUCCCAGGCCUUGCAGACUGGGAGCGAUAUCCUGUCAGCAGCCGCUGCCAACGCACCGGGGAAGGGCACUGAAUGGACAACAGGGCAGAUUGAAGACAUGGUAGAGGAAGGACUUAUAUCACUAGCAUUUGAGUCCAGUUGA